CCCAGUGUAUAGAGACGACCCAGCACGUUUUAUUCAGAAUGUAGCCUGGCAAGAUCACAGUGCUAGCUAGUUCUAUGGGUACCACAGCAUCUAACUAGUUGCUCAUAGAGAAUAGGAGUCCUCUGAAUUGCCUUCCGAAUAGGACAGUCGGCAUUCCAGGAAUUCUUUUUCUAUGUUCUGAACAGAAAUUAAAAUGUUUCAAGGGCGUGGCUGCCCAGUUUGGGGGACACAGGAUACCAACAUAUCACCGUAUUUAGAAAAGCUACCAAAAGAGAAGAUUUUAGUGUUUGACCUGAGUACAGCUGGCGUUCAAGUUACUGGUGAUGUGAACGUUGUUAAAACCAGUUUACAACUUGACAAAUUCAGCUGUGGAGUAGAAUCAGUAGUGUCUGCUGUAUUUAAUGAGAAUGAUAAAGCUCAAUGUGUGUUUGUAGCAGAUACUGCUGAAGAGGCAACUGCAGGAAUGGUGGUUGCCUCGUGUGUUAGAUCUGCCCAAACUAUCAACAAAAUGAAAUCUAUGAUUGAAGAUGGAAUUACAGAAAAAGAAUGGACUGAAGCACUCAUUAGGUAA